ACUCCACUGAACAGAGUAAACAUGUCGGGCCUGGUGAAAUCGGAGGGAUGGUUUUAUGACGAUUUGGAUAACGUAAAAAUUGGUUUUAAAGUGGAUGAGGUUUUGUUCCGUGGCAAAUCGCCUCUGCAAGACAUACUCGUUUUUCAGAAUGCAGAGUUCGGGCGGGUUCUUGUGAUUGACGGAACCAUUCAGCUGACGGAAAAGGACGAGUGUGCCUACCAUGAGAUGAUCGCUCAUUUGCCACUCAAUUCACACCCUGAGCCAAAACGAGUUCUGAUCCUGGGGGGAGGGGAUGGGGGUGUGGCCAGGGAGGUGGUGAAGAAUAGCACGGUAGAGACGGUGGACAUCUGUGAGAUUGACCAGAUGGUCUUAGACGUGUCUAGGAAGUAUCUACCCUUCACCAGUUGCGGACUCGACCACCCAAAGGUCACCGUUCAUGUGCAAGACGGGGCAGAGUUCAUUAAGGCCGUCCAGCAUAAAUAUGACGUCAUCAUCACCGAUUCGUCCGAUUUUACAGAAGAGCCCAGUCCGUCCACGGCUUUGUUUCAGCUUCAGUACUACCAGGGUGUGAAAGAAGCCUUAGCCCCCGAUGGGAUCAUGUGUUCUCAAGCCAUGGGAAUGUGGACGGAUGAGGAUCAUACCCGGAUGAUAUUCCAGGCCUGUGCCUCAGUAUUCAACUCUGUGGAGUAUGCCCACACAUACGUACCGUCUAGUCUAGGAGGCUGCAAUGGUUUCGUGCUCUGUACAGACACGCAGAUUGUUAAGUUUCGUUGA